UUUAAGCAUUUCAUUUCCAAAUCUACCACGACGAGACAAAUUCAUGCACAUGUACAUAUUCGUCCACACACAGGCGUGCUGAUAUAUCCAUGUAAAAAUGAAAUAUAUAUAUAUGUGUGUGUAUAUAUACUCAGACAUGGAUAGUCACAAAAACAAAUUAACACACAGAGAGAAAGAAACGCAUCAAGAGAGAAUAAAAGAUGAGUGGCUAUUCAAAGAUCGAAUCUGCCAACUCAAAAUCCGACCAUGCAAUGGCAGAUCUGCAGAUCCAGAAACUGAAACUUGGAUCCGAACCGAAAACUGAUGGAACGACAGAAGAAUCGGAGACUCAGAAGCCGAGGCUGAACAGGAACAGAUCGGUGAAUGUAUUUCCGACAACGGUGAAAAGGGCCUUGUCGAUGAGAAGAUCGUCGUCAGUGUCGGAGAGGUACUGUAGAAUCCAUGACCGGAACUCUGCCGCUUGGCCAUUUCCAUUUCAAGAAGAAGCCGAGGAGGAAGAAGAAGAUGGUGAAAACAAAGAGAAGAAGAAGAAGAGAAGAAGCAAGUUCUUGAAGGCGUGUAGCCCUUCACACGCCAUUUUCAUAAUCACCAUGGAACAAAAGAAGAUAUCAAGUAGUUGUUCCACAACAACGGAUGAUUUUGGUGGUUGAUGUAUUGUGUGCAAAACUUCAACGGAUGAACUUAACGGGAUCAAACAGGGUAAAACAUGUUGGAACUGGAGGAAUGCAUUUGAAAGAAAGUAAUUUGGCUUGAAGUUAUAAGGCUUUUUUCUUUUCUGCUAAAGCAAUAAGAUGUUGAAUUGUAAUUGAUGAAUUGAUUUUGCGUUUUUGCACCUUUGAAGGAAUUCACAUUAACAGAGACCUGUUAGCACUUGGAAAUGUGAUUAGUGCUUUACGUGAUAUUAAAAAAAAGAAAGGUAGGUGUUGAUGUUCCAUAUCGUGACAGCAAGUUAACCCGUUUGCUCAAAGUAUCAGUUUUUAUUCUUCUUGGACUUUACUCACAUAAACACUAUAACAAUAUACUUUCGUUAUUGGUUAAUUCUUAAAAAUGAAUGAAGAAGCAAAUUUUAUAAUCAAUUUUGUAAAUUUUAGGAUUCUCUUGGUGGCGAUAGUAAAACUGUGAUGAUCAGUAUGAUUUUCUUAAGUCUUGCCAAAUAAUUAGUUUUAAUGUAGUUCUUAUGAUGUUUUAAUCUUAACUUGUGUUGUCUUUUGAUCGGUGCAACUUGUGUCAAUCCUGCUGAUACGAAUGCCGAAGAAACAUUGAACACUUUGAAGUACACAAAUCGUGCACGCAAUAUUCGAAAUAAAGCAUUUGUAUGUAUAUUUAUCAUUUUUGCUUUUAACUAGUUCACGAAUAAUCUAUACUUUCACUGACCUUGUAAUCUAUGUUGUUUUAAAAAUUUUAUAUUAAUCGGGAUCCUGCAGUUGCAGAAAUGCAAAGGAGGCAGAGCCAAAUCGAGCAACUGCAAAUAGAACACUUGUGUGCAUCUGAUGAAUAUCAGAUAUUAGUUCUGAAGAAAAACGUUAAAAUAUAGUGUUGGUGUUGUGAAUGUUUACUAAAGUAGUAUCUUUUGUGUUUUAGAUUCUUAAGUAAAAUGUAUCUUUGCUAGAAGCAAGGAACUAUGAAUUGCAAAAAGAACUCUUGUGUGCAUUUGCUGAAUAUCAGGUAUUAAUUCUUAAGAAAAACUUUGAAAUAAUGUUAAAAACUUUGAAAUAACGUUGGUGUUUUGAAUUUUUGCUAAAGUAGUACCUUUUGGGUUUUAGAUUCUUAAGCAAAAGGUAUCCUUACUAGACUGUAAGGAACAAUGAACUGCAAAAAAAACUCUUGUGUGCAUUUUAUGAAUAUCAGGUUUUAGUUCUGAAGAAAAACAUUGAAAUGUAAUACUGGUGUUUUGAAUUUUUGCUAAAAUAGAGGAAACCAUUUUUGCUAAAGUAGAGGAAACCAGGAUCGCCGAGGUUUCUCUUUUUUUCUCUUAUUUCGUUUUCAAAUAAUCACUUUCAAUUUUGUUUGAGUGAUCACGGAAACCAUUCGACAUUUACGUCUCACUGUUUUGCACAAAGACCGAGUGCACACUUGAACACUCAAAUAAAAUUGAAAGUGAUUAUUUGAAAGCGAAAUAAAAGAAAAAAUAAAGAGAAACCUCUGCAACUCGGGUUUCCUUUAGUUUCCUUUGUAGUUCGUUGUUCCUUACUUCUAGCAAGGAUACCUUUUA